GAGCACCUGUAUUUAUGUCGAAGCUCAACAAAACAACAGACUAAAGAUGGAGAACUACAAGUACGCUGUGUUUUUUGAGGCAGAGAAUCUCUCUGAUGCAGAACUAAGACAAAUGGAAAAGUAUUUUAAAAUCAAGAGAAGGUCUGGAGGGGGAGAGUGUAAGAUCAACAAAGUGGGUGACACUACUUGCAUGAUAAGUUUUAUGGAAAAAGAAGCCCAGGAAAGAGUACUCGAACGAAAGGAUCACGUCAUUAAAAUAGAAGGACAAGAGGAGAUCCAUGUUUUAUUGAGGUGUGAAAAUGUUGCUGAAAGCAGCAAACGAUCUAAAGAAUCUCCAAAUCAGAAAUGUGCAAGUGCAAAAAGUGUAGAAAAGGUUUUUAAACUGGACCAUUAUUUACUACGCUUCCUCAGUGAAUGUAAAAAGCCACAUUCAGAUUUGGAAAAACAUCUCUCUAUGAUCUCCAGCACCUUCAAGAUCAACAUUGAGUCUGAAGAGUUGGUGGUGGUAAGGGACCCGGGAGCUGAAGAUGUUUAUCCCCUAAAGAAAUGGGAAUUUGCAGUGGACGAAGCGUUUGAGACUCUAAAGUCACGCUAUAUCAUCCACUUCGAGGUUGAAAGUGACAAAUCUGCGAUUCUAGAAGAAAACUCUUUCCUUCAAAGUGAUAACUUAAAAAUCUAUUUUGAAGAACUAACAUGUUUAACUGUGGUGGUUGGAGAACAAAGAGAAGUGGAGAAGAUUUUAAAAUUUCUAAGCGGCUUGCAGAACAAACAGCAGGUUCAAAAAGAGUGUUGCGUGUCUGAGAAACAAUUUAACCUCAUCAAAGAGGAGUUUGAGCCAUACAUAAAAUCUAAUUUACCUGCGCUUAAGAUCACAAAGGAACGAGCAGGCGUUCUCCUAAAGGGUCCCGAGAAAGAGGUCCAUGCAGGUGAAAAUGAGCUUUUAAAAUUAGCAAAAGGAAUCAAAGAGAAGAGGAUCCCAUCCCAUCAUCCUCUUAUGACCUUUUUGGAAUCAAGUGGUGGUAUACAGCACUUCCAAAACCGAUUUCAGCAGAGCCUCCGCAGCCCAGUUAUGCUCGAGACUUCAGGUUCAGAUGUUCUUCUGUUGAGUCUGUCUGAUGGAGCUCUACAGGAGGCGGCUGCUGCCGUGCAGAGAGACUUGUGUUUGGAGACUGUGCAUACUCAGAAAUCUUCUGCAUUUACUAAGCUGAAGGAGGAUUUGAGCGAAGCCGUCAAGCAGGCCAAUCACAAAAGUGUUAAAGUGGCGCUUAAAUACCAGGAUGAAUCAACUUCUGACCCCAAGGUUCAACUUGUGGGCUACACACCUGAAGUCAGUAAGCUGAAGAACAUUGUGCUGGUAUACAAAAGAAACCAUCAGAUCCAUCAUGCCUCCCUGCCUCUUCCCAGUCCAGAGAUGGCAGAGCACUUCUCUGAGAUCUUGGCAAUUUGCGGCAUGAAGAAGAGCAGUGUGGAAAUAAAGCCAACAAGUUCACCUUCCCCAUGCGUCCACCUCACGGGACCUCGCUGUGAAGUUGAGAGCUUGAAGGACAGCCUUGAGUCAUGCCUUCAGAGGCUUGCCACUAAACGAUGUGAGGUGAAAGGACCUGGAGUUCAACAGUUUUUUCAAAGUGAAGGUGCAAGGAUCUUGCAAUUGGUGAAGAAUUCUUAUAUGGUUGGGAUACUGCCUAUAGAUGAUAAGCAGAAAAGAGGUAAAGAACCCAAAUACAUGAGCAGUCUCAAUCUUCAGAGCUCACCAUUUACGUCUGCAGCUUCCCAAGACUCUCUGGACUCUGACAAAGAGAUAGACAUUAAAGUUGUGGUUGGUAGCCUUGAACAACAGCAGGCAGAUGUGUUUGUUGCUCCGAUGAUUCAAACAAACAUGACCUCAACUUUGAUUGGAUCAUCCCUGUUGAAUAAAGCAGGACAACAGCUUCAAAAUAACUUCAACAAUGCAAAGGGAAAGCACAAGCUUAAGCCUGGAGAAGUGCUGGAGGUGGACGCAACACCAGCGUUGGGAUGCUCCAUGGUUUUCUUUGUGGAAUGUGCGCCCAAAGGAAACAAGCACAAAAGCGAAAAGAAUAAGUCUAACUGGCCAAUAGUGCUCAUGCGCACAAAGGAUUGGUUGUUGUCUCUGUUUCAGUCACUGACCUCUGACCUUGAUGAGAUCAUCAUGCCAGUAGAUGGGAUUGAACUCCAUCUAGUGUUUGGAGACAUCACUAAUGAGACUACUGAGGCCAUCGUGAACACCACUGACUUUAAGGACUUCCAGACAGCUGGAGUGUGUAAGGACAUCCUUACUAAGGCAGGACCUCAAAUCCAGGCUCAACUGACAGGCGCUCAGGCAGCGAGCAGGCAGAUCUUCAAGACCCCACCAGGAGGCUUCCCCUGUAAGACCAUCAUGCAUGUUUGUGGAGAGAGAAACCCUGAUGUUAUCAAGACCUUGGCAAAAGAAAUAGUGGUUCAAUGUGAGCAUGGCUGCUACAGGUCUGUGGCCAUUCCUGCGAUCUGCGCUGGACAAGGAGGUUUGGAUCCAAAUGUGGUGGCCAAGUCCAUUCUAGAGGGAGUAAAGGAAGGUGUUCAAGGAGCGAAUCUUCAACAUCUCAAAAACAUUCGGAUCAUUCUGCUGAAGAUUAAUGUUUUUCUGGCAUUCAAAUCGACAUCAAAGCAAAUUUUUGGCGGUAGUACACAGUUAACAGCUCCUGCACCACUUGUACUUACCAGUGUAACCACCAGAGGGCGCAGUGCAACCAGUAUCAGGCACAGUGGAUCAACUAGAUCAAGCAGAUCACAUUCCUUACCCUUACCAGUCGCUUUGGACUUGAGUUCUCUAGUGACAUCUUUGCCUGACACAGAGAGCACAGCCGCAUUUCUAGUCAUUGGUCACACCAAUAAUGAUGUUUCUGAUGCCUGCAGAGAUCUUCAGCUGGCAUAUAAGGACCAGUGCGCCACACACACUUUCUUUCCUGAUGAGAUUGAACGCCUCACUCAAGAGGAGAUGGACCAGCUGCUCUCUAAAGUGAAUUCACUGCACCUGCAGAUAGAACAGAACAGUUCUGAAGGAUGGGUAGUUAAAGGGCAGAGGAACGGAGUGAAUGAGGUGGUUAGACUGAUACAAGAUGCACUUCGCAGACAGGUAAGAGAGAAGGACCAGACCUUCCUCUUCAGUCAGGUCACGUGGUGCAUUCUGGGACCACGGGGCAUUUGGCAGAAGGUACCAAAAGACGUGAAUUAUAAGCUUGAGAAAAGAGAUGUGAAAGAUGGAAUUGAGGAUGCACAGGGUGUGAAAUGGACUGUGGAUUUGCAAAAGAUGGAGGCCACAUCAUGUGAUUCAGGACAGGUGACCACUCUCAAACGACUGGAGAACCCUUCAGAUUUGUCUUUGCCAAUCUACUGGGACAACAUGAGUCAGAGUGACCUCUUAAAGGUGAUUGUCUUAGAUCCGUCAUCUUCAGAGUACAAGACUGUGAAGAUGGACUUCAAGAAGACAGUCAGAAAAACAGUGCUCAAGAUCGAGCGCAUCCAGAACAUGAAUCUUCGGCGGUUAUACGAGGGUCGUAAAAAAGAGCUGGAGAACAGAAAUGGUCUUAUUGUGGGAGCAGGAGAGAAGAUCCUUUAUCACGGCACAUCAGAGACGUCCUGCUCAUCCAUCAUGAAGUCAAACUUUAAUCGCAAUUUUGCAGGGCAAAAUGCCACCGUCUAUGGACAUGGGACGUACUUCGCUGUGAACGCCAGCUACUCUGCCCAUCCUACCUAUGCAGUUCCUGCAGCAGACGGGACUCAGCUCAUGUUUGUGGCUCGUGUGCUUACGGGUUAUUACGCUUUGGGUCAGGGGGACAUGAGGACGCCCCCUGAGCGUGUGGCACCUGACCUCUAUGACAGCGUGGUGGAUGAUACGCAGAAUCCCUCCAUGUUUGUGGUUUUCCACGACUGCCAGGCUUAUCCUGACUACCUCAUCACAUUCAAAUGAACUUGUGCAAAAACCAACCCUGGCUUGAAAUCCAGAAGAUUUAUAAA